AUGAACUCCAUUUCGAGAGCAAGAGUUAUUGGAGCUCUUAGUGGAUUUUUCCAGCGAUUUCCAUCACUUCCAUGUGGAGAAUCGCCUAAUGGACAUACAAGCCAGGGCUCGAUCGAGUUGAAGGAGUUGAGGAACUCGACCGGUUGGUCGAGUAGAUGGUCGAGCUGGUCUUCAAGAUGGCUUCCUCCUUCUUCCUUUGCGUAUCCAGUUGAGCUGCGUCCAUGCACCAAGUCCUUCCAUGCUCCUCACGUCCCAUAUGCUCCAGAAUGCUCCAAAAGACCUAUUUCAAAGGACCAAACAUGCAUAUACAGAGCCAUUGGCCGCGACAUUGUGGAUCCACACUACAAGGAAUGUCUUUACGCUGGUAUUGGCGUCUCUUGUGUCGAAGGAGAAGUCAUGCCUGGCCAGUGGGAGUUGCAAGUCUACCUGUGGAGAGAAUUGGUCUUGGUGAUCGAGUAUGUGUUGCUUAUAAAAUAUGAUUAUAAGGGGGACAGAGCCAUUGGCCGUGACAUUGUGGAUCCACACUACAAGGAAUGUCUUUACGCUGGUAUUGGCGUCUCUUGUGUCGAAGGAGAAGUCAUGCCUGGCCAGUGGGAGUUGCAAGUCUACCUGUGGAGAGUAUUGGUGUUGGUGAUCGAGUAUGUGUUGCUUGAUGCCUUCUCGAGGUAG